UAUAGGAGACGACAAUGUCCACCACUAAAACUUUUAAAAGCUCAGUAAAUGGUAUACUUUCUCGUUCCUGCUCACUCACAAGAGAAAACUUAAAGUAAUAUUAUUAUAGCUUAAUAUUAUUAAUCUAUAAUAUAUUAAAAUAUAAAUAUCACAAUAAUAUAUUAUACCUAUAUAACAUUCUGUGACUGAAAUACACAAACACAUUCAAUUCUCAUCCUUAAGUCUCCAUAUACAUAAACACAAACCCCAGACUGUUGUGGUUUUGAAGCAGCUGACCUACUCUGUAAAGAAACUCUCAGUGAAACAGACACAGAUGAAUGGGUUUCACAGAAGAUAUUGAAGGAAUAUUACGGGUUCAGUACAAGUUAGGCUCAUUUGACAGCAUUUGUGGCAUAAUGUUGGCUACCACAAAAUGAAUUUCCAGUUCCUUAUUUUCUUUAAAAAGGCAAAAAUAUGGGUUAUAGUCAAGCAUUUAUAAUGAAAUGAAUCCAUAAACGUUAAAAUACUCACUUUUCCAAUAGUAUUGUAGCUACAAGAUGUAAAGAAUAUGCAUGUUAAAUUGAUUUUAGUGUGGGGGAAAAAACAAAACACAUUAGAUAAAUAAACAAAUAAAUCACACUUUUCUGUGUAGUUAUAUCCAAUAAAAUCAAUUGUACAACUUUGACACCAUGACAACACAAUGCUGUAAACCAUAACAUGACUGUAAAAAUAAUAAUAAUUUAAACAUCUUUACAGCUCAAAUAAUACACAAGUUUAGAUGAAAUAAUACAGUGCUUUUGUAAAAUUAUAAAGUUCACAUUUCUGCUUUUAAAUCCUCCAAAAAUUGCUCCCAUUCACUUCUAUUAUAAGUUCCUCACUGUAACCUCAAAAAUAAGGGAUGACUCCAAAACAUUUUUUUAUAGUGCUCAUUAUUACAUCACAAGUGUACUAAGAAGAAACUAGAAAAGUACUAUGCCUAAAAAAAAACAGAGCUUGAUGUUCAAAAUCACCCUCAGUAACCAACUAUUUUCAGACAAAUUAUCAGCCUGACUCAUUUCUGGCUUACUGACAGAUCAUCAGACAUUAUGUAUUAAAGAGCUGGCUCAUGCUCUGAAGAAAGAUCUGGCCAUAUCUAGACAUUCUGUACUGAUAAAGAAGGCUAAGAAGGUCAGAUCGAGUCGUGCGUAGAUCAUAUCGUUCUCUCUUGACUGUUCAAUCACACCUGGACUGGUCGACAUGUCCAUGAGUCCCCCACCCCCCACAUGCACACAAUGAACCCAGCCCGCCUUUGACACAUCCCAGUCCCCCCUCACUCCCUUUCUAUCACAAACACACACUCAUUUACUACUGUAACAGACACACAUGCUUUCUAACAAGAUUGGGAGGGACAGUCACCCUUGGCAGGACGCAUACUGUGGGCCUCUGAUGUAAUUCCCUUCUGCUUCCUGUUGGUGCUUAACCCUGAUACACCUCCCACAUCCCAACUCUGCUUAUAAAUACAAAAGAAAGGGAUGCUGAUCCCAUUAAGAGAGUCCGACUUCAUAGACAUGGACCAUAUGCACGUUUAAGUGGAGAUCUGGCAUGGAUGCACCCUUUCUUGACUGGAAUUUCAAUUUGACGUAAACUCAAAACUGAAACUGACAGAUAAGAUACAACACACAAGAAGAAUUUACAGAUAAACAAUCAGGCAAUAUGAUGGAUGAGUGUUUUCAUGAAAAAGAUUACCUUGUGUCACGACGUAUCUACUCAAACCGGGUCUUUGACCAGGUCCAUGAGAGACAAGACCAAGAGAUCCAGAGUUUACGAGAACAGCUGAGCAGAACCUGUGGAUGCACUGAUAAAUGGGCUGUUCAGAAGAUAAAGGGGCUUCUGCCAAUUCUAGAUUGGCUACCUAAAUACCCAGUCAAGCAAUGGUUACCCAGUGAUGUUGUCUCUGGGGUCACCACAGGCCUAGUAUGCUGUUUACAAGGUGUAGCUUAUGCAUUGCUGGCCUCUGUAGCACCAGUCUAUGGACUCUACUCUGCGUUUUUUCCAAUUCUCACAUACUUUGUGCUGGGAACAUCCAGACACAUUUCUGUGGGUCCAUUCCCUGUCACCUGUCUGAUGGUGGGCUCUGUAGUUUUGACCUUAGCGCCCGAUGAGCACUUUCUGCGUUCAGUGAACAUAACAAAUGUGAAUGAGACAGUGACAGAUGAAAGGUUAAUGGAGGUGGAUGUAGAGGCCAGAGAGGCCCAGAGAAUCAUGGUGGCUUGUACUAUGACAGUGUUGGUUGGAUUAUUCCAGGUGGCUAUGGGGCUGAUGCAGGUGGGCUUUCUAGUCAGGUAUCUCUCAGACCCACUGGUAGGCGGCUUCACCACUGCUGCUGCCUUUCAUGUCUUCAUAUCUCAGAUUAAAACCAUCCUGUCUGUUCCUACCCACAACCAUAAUGGAUUCUUCUCCUUUGCUUAUACUCUCAUUGAUGUAGGUAGGAAUAUCAACCAAACAAACACUGCAGAUCUGAUCGCUGGAUUACUAACAAUCUUCAUUGUUAUGGUUGUGAAAGAGAUCAACACAAAAUUUCAGCAUAAAAUCCCAGUGCCGAUUCCCAUAGAAGUGAUUGUGACAGUGAUAGCUUCUGCAAUCUCUCAUGUGAUGGACCUGAACUCCCAGUACGGCGCCAGCAUUGUCCACAGUCUCCCCAGGGGGUUUGCACCGGCACAGCCACCAAAUAUAGCACUUAUCGGGAGUAUUUUGGGCUCUAGUUUUUCCACAGCCGUCGUUGGUUAUGCAGUAGCAGUCUCAGUGGCAAAAGUCUAUGCAGCAAAACAUGAUUACACAGUUGAUGGCAACCAGGAGCUGAUAGCUUUUGGUGUCAGCAACAUUUUUGGAGGAUGUUUAUCAAGCUUUGUGGCCAGCACUGCACUGUCACGGACUGCAGUACAGGAAAGCACAGGGGGGAAGAGCCAGAUUGCUGGUAUCAUCUCAGCUCUGAUGGUGAUGAUAGUGAUCUUGGCACUUGGGCCCUUUCUUCAGCCUCUGCAAAAGUCAGUGCUAGCUGGCAUUGUUAUAGCCAACCUGAAGGGGAUGUUCAUGCAAAUCUCUGAAGUGCCUGUACUCUGGAGACAAAACAGAACAGACUGUCUCAUCUGGAUAGCUACUUGCCUGGCAUCCAUUGCACUGGGUUUAGAUGUGGGCCUGCUGGCUGGUCUGGUGUUUGAGAUGGGCACAGUGGUGGUCAGAACACAGUUCCCUUCUUGUGCCACCCUUGGAAAUGUCCCAAACACUGAUAUCUACAAAAACAUGAAAGACUACAAAAAUAUUGAUGAAAUUCCUGGGAUUAAGAUUUUCAAGUGUAAAUCACCCAUUUAUUUUGCAAAUAUUGAUUACUUCAAAGAAAAGUUGAGAGAUGAGGUGGGGUUUGAUGCAGUGCGGGUGUUUAAAAAAAGAAACAAAGCUUUGAAAAAGAUUCAUAAGCUCAUUAAAAAAGGAAAACUACAAGCUACAGAGGAUGGUUUGGUACCAGUGGCCUCACUGGGAGUAGAAAACAAAGCCUUUGAAAAUGAGCAGGGUCCUGAGCUGGAGGAGGGGGCGUCUCAGCCAGAUUCAGAGGUGAAGGUCCAGGUAGACUGGAUGUCUGAGCUGCCUGUUGGUAUGUCAGUACCCAGGGUCCAUAUUCACAGCCUGGUUGUGGACUUCUCAGCCGUCUCAUUCCUGGAUGUGGUAGCAGCCAAGUCCCUCAAACUGGUCGUAAAGGAAUUCAUACGAAUUGGGGUUAGUGUCUAUAUCGCAGGCUGUGACGGUGAGCUUGUCAGGAGAAUGGAGGCCCUGUCCUUCUUUGACGAGGAGGUUACCAGAGACCUUCUCUUCCUCUCGGUCCAUGACGCCAUCCUCUUCAUCCAGCUGGAAACCUCCAGUGGAAAUGAACAGGAUCCAUUAGCUGAGAAGAUUUCACAGUUGCAAGAUGACAAAGAGCCACUUCCUUUUACCGAAGAUGAGGACCUGAUUGAGACCUAUGACAACCAACACUUGGCUAUUCAUGGACUUUCAAACUGAGAAAACUCCCUGUGUUCAGAGUCACUGGGAAAGACAGUCAUCGUCUUCCAAUUCAUUUGCUGAUAAUGAUUCAGGAGACGUUUACCUUUGUCCUGGGAGGAUUGAAAGUAGCGCUAACAAGGAAGAAAGCUUGCAGUCUUGUUCAUCAUGUCCUUCCACAUCUGAACUAGAAAAAUAACACCAAAUGCAAAAGUUAAAAAGCAUUUAGUGCUUUCAUUUUUACAGCCUUAUUUUUGAGGCAAACAAAUGCCAAUCAGCACAAUACAGGAUGUUCAUCCCGUGGACACCUGUUCAUCAGUAUGGACAGCAGAAGGAGGCUAUUUUUGAUAGACGAACAUAUACUUCUUUCUAAGAACUGGUCACUGAAAGUCUUAAAGCAGAAGAACAUUUGAUAUUUGUAAAUAAAUCACCUGAGAAAUAA